UACCUCCGAUUCUAGAGAGAGAUGCAGUGAGGCAUCGCAUCGACCAUUGAGGGUAAACGAAGGUAGAGGCGGCGGAGGAGGCGAAGGUACCAUCCAUGGCAGCGGUGGUUCGGAGCGUGUGGCAGGGCAUCAGGGAGAAGGGCCUCGUCAACUUCUUCCGCUACGCCCGCGACGAGGGAUACCUAAAAUGCCUUCCUGACGGAAACCUGCUGCAAACCAAAAUUCACAACAUUGGCGCAACCCUUGUAGGAGUUGACAGUUUCGGAAACAAGUACUAUGAGAAAGUACAUGACACGCAGUAUGGAAGGCACAGGUGGGUAGAGUAUGCAGACAAGGGUCGUUACAAUGCAUCCCAAGUGCCUGCUGAAUGGCAUGGAUGGCUGCACCACAUUACGGACAGUACUGGGGAUAAGCUGUUGGAGGAGAAGACUAAAAAGUACAUCAUGGAGCACAGACAGAACUACACCGGACAGGGCGACGAUCUGAUCUACCACUCCAAGGGGCAUGCUCUAAACCCAGGGCAAAGGGACUGGACAAGGUACCAGCCUUGGGAACCGAAGAAAGAGGAGGCCUCCUGAUUUCAGUGGUACCCGAUAAUCAUCUUUUGUGUUUCACAUUUGGUUCGGUGUCGCGGAGGUGAAACAGGCGGUGAGCUUGGUUUCAAUGGCCGAACCUGAAUAAUGUAUCUGUUACUGAAUACCUAUGCCGAGCACUGAACAAAUUCUCAUCCCUGUGGGGAUGUGCCAAACAAGAAAACUGUGGCAAACGAAUCGUGUGUGUUUGAAUCAAAAUAUUUCAUUUACUCA